GAUUGAUCAUUGGUGUAGUAAUUGUGAAAUAUCAUUUCAAUGUUGAUGAUUUGCAGGAUCGUUGUAUUAUGCUUCAUUAUUGAAUUAAUAUCAUCUCAGACGGGACUUGUUCCAGUAAACCAUGGUCCCAAAGAUGUAUCCAUUCAAACUAAUCCUAAUAAAGAUAUAGAUCCACGUCCUAUCGUAUUAGAAUUAAAACAUGAGGUUACCAAAUUAAAAGAAGCCCUUGAUACUUUAGUCAAUAAAAUAAACGCUAUACCACCUUCAAGUAUAGCAACUAAAUACAUUCAUAAUGGAUUAUUGUCUAGUAUAUGUAUUCUACUUAUAGUAUAUUACCAUUUACAGAAAUCUUAAUCAUAUGCUUAUUAUUAUUAACCAUUUUGAAAUAAAGAUAUAUUGUAAAAGAA